AUGGUUGCACUUUAUUUCCCACUGCUGUUCCAGUCCAGUAAGCCCAGUCAGAGGUCUGUGUCCGCUCUUCUGUUAAACUUGGCUGUGGGGACCAUGUGGAAACUUGUCUCUGGGGCUCCGGCCACAGGCCCCGUGUUUCUCUCUGGUCAGACUGCCGACAGCGUGUUGCGGAGACACAAACGUUAUAACACCGGUAUAUUUGAAGAGCUGAUGGAGGGCAACUUGGAGCGAGAGUGUAUAGAAGAGAAAUGUGACCUGGAAGAGGCCAGGGAAACCUUUGAGAAUGAUGAAAAGACUAUGGAGUUCUGGGCUGGAUAUACAGAUGCAAAUCAGUGUGCGUCCACCCCGUGUGUGAACCAGGGCUCAUGCAACGACCACCUCGGCUACUACACUUGUACCUGUGUGUCCGGCUUCACUGGCAUGAACUGUGAGAUCGCCAUAGCAAAAAGAUGUGAUGUGAACAAUGGAGAUUGCAUGCACAUCUGUGAGCCAAGUCAAAUCUAUGGGGCGAAGUGUGUCUGCGCAACAGGAUACAAGCUGCUGCCGGACGGCUUAAGCUGCGAAGCAGAAGUUGAAUUCCCAUGUGGAAGAACUGCACUGACAACGAACAAUGCUUUGAAAAGGUCCCUCUCCCACAAUGAGAGCGCAAUCCAAGAACCCAACGGCACAUUAGCAACCAACAGGACCUCCACCACCCCCCCUCCUUCAACAGCAGCCGGGCCCACAGAGCAGGUUACCUCCACUGUCAGUAGAUCUCGAAAGAGACUGCCUCUGUGGAAAUUAAGAGAACUUGAAGUCCCCUCUGUGGAGUCCCAUGAGAGUUUAAAACGCAUCGUUGGUGGGAGCGAGAUCGUUGCAGCUGAGAUUCCCUGGCAGGUUGCACUGAUAGCACAUCCCAGUGGUCUUUUAUUCUGUGGGGGCUCCAUCCUCGGAGCGCGUUGGAUUAUUACCGCUGCACAUUGCCUGGUGGACGCACAAAAAUCCUUCUUCAUCAGAGUGGGGGAGCAUAACAUCAACGUUAAAGAGAACACAGAGCAAGAUUACGAGGUGCUGGAGCACCACGUCCACCCGCGCUACAACGCGAGUCUCAGCUUGUACAACCACGACAUCGCCCUGCUCCAGCUGAAAAACCCCAUUAACUUCUCCGCCAGCGUGCGGCCCAUCUGCCUGGGACCCACGGCCUUCACCGAGGCCCUGGUGAAGGCCUGGUCCCCGGCCACGGUCAGCGGCUGGGGCCGCACGCGCUUCAUGGGCCUCACGGCCGAGGCGCUGCAGAAGGUGGAGGUGCCCUUUGCUGACCGGACGGAGUGCAAGCGCAGCAGCAGCUCCAGGAUCACCUCGUUCAUGUUUUGCGCCGGGUACUACGACGAGAAAAAGGACGCCUGCCAGGGGGACAGCGGGGGGCCCCACGCCAACCGCAUCCACGACACGUGGUUCCUGACGGGCAUCGUGAGCUGGGGGGAGGAGUGUGCCAAACAAGGGAAAUACGGAGUGUACACCCGGGUGUCUGUUUAUUACCACUGGAUCAAUUAUGUCAUGGGCUUAAACAGACACAGGCUGGCUUCUGAUGUGGAAGACCUCGAAGACUGAUUUUGAACUAAAAAUAAUACUUUUGUACAAAUAGAAUGUGUUGUACAGCUCACCAUUCUUGAGAACAUACACACUGAUUUUCUACUAAAUGCUUGUUUGAAGACAUCCACAUGCACUACUCAUAUCUGAACAUGAAUAAAGGCUACAAAAUCUGAAAGAUUAAAAAAAAAAGAAAAAA